UAUGACAAAAUCUAGUGAAACCAGUGGAACAUGACACCUUUGCGGCCAUUGUCACCGACAAAUUGCUUUUGCUUUUCGAUGCCUACUGUACAACGACAUUAUUCAUCAGCGUUAUGGCUGGUAUCUUUUGGAUACUCCAGAUAUUUCUUGUAAUUGGCAACCAUGUAGCACAUAUGCACUUAGCAAAGAUAAAGAAUAAACCAAAAUCCGAGGUGAUAACUGGGAAAAUGCUCAGCAGCUGUGUUUGUGAUAUCAAUGGAGACAUAUACAACCUUACCAGCGCAGGGAACCCGUCUGGACCAACACCGCUCAGCUUUCCUGAGACAAAAGAGGCAUAUUUUUACCUUAUCAGCAUAUGCUACCCUUUCGAAUGGCCACAAGUUUUGAAAAACAAUCCAACACUUAUAUCAAGGUUCGUAUGGUGGCUAAAAAGACCACCUUACCAACCUCGAUGCCAAGGAGCCUCGCUGUGCCAAAGAAGUGAUAGUGAUCCUGAUGAUUAUUUCAAGUUGGUAACAUCACAGAAAGAUUCGAUCAAUUGUUUCCUUAAUCGCACAACUGGUCAUGUUAAUUGGGUGUACAAAGGCGUUGGACCGCUUUUCAGCAAAGGGGGGCUGGUCCUUAAUUUAAACUGUGGAAGCAGUCAUAAGAUUCGUGGAAUCCGUGAUAUUGAUCGCACGAAAGGGAACCCUUGGAAGUAUGUGAACAUAACAGAUAAAUGCUGUUGCAAAAAUCGAUGCAAAGAAGCAGAAAGUUCCACACUUCAGCCAUCUAAAGAUGUCACGAGAAAGUCUGCGGAACUAUAUGCAGAGCUUGGUAUUGGAUUCUUGGUUUUAUUUGUCUUGCUUGUGUUAGGAGUCAGGUUUGUAGUGAAGCGUCUUGCAGCACAAACGAUUAUACCUCAAGAUCCUCCUGAAAAUUACGGGACAUUUGUCACUGAUCCUGUUCUGCGACAAAAACUUAUUCCAUAUAGUGAAAUACAAAAUAUAAUGAAAGUUGAUGAAGGAUCUUUUGGGGUUGUCUCAAGAGGUACAUGGCGUGGGUCAGAAGUUGCUAUCAAAAGAAUAAAAGAUCACAUUAUUGAAGAAGAUAAGAACCAUUUUCUUGAAGAGUCUAAGUGGAUGAGUAGGCUUACAAAUCGACACAUAGUGCAGUUCUAUGGUAUAUGUCACAUGGAGCCCAAUCUAUGCAUUAUCAGUGAAUUCAUGAGCGGGGGAUCAGUUGCUGAUGUUAUCCAUAAAAGAAAAGAAGUUCUCACAUGGGAAAGAAUAAUAGAAUGGUCUACACAUGCAGCCACAGGGAUACUUUACCUGCAUAGCUAUAGACCAACAAUUAUUCACAGAGAUCUCAAGUCAGACAACCUGCUUGUCGAUAGAUGUGGAUGGGUUAAGGUCUGCGACUUUGGCACUCUGAAACUUAUUAAACCUUUGAUUGAACGAAAAAGGGAAAACGAUAAAGCAGAAACAUGGCCUAGUCCUUCUGGUCAAACUCAAGCAAAUAAAAGCUUUGACACCCACUGGAUAGGUACACUGCGAUGGUGUGCACCUGAAGUUAUACCAAAGCCGGGUUCCAACAAAAAGAUAAAAUUCACAACAAAAUCUGAUGCAUAUUCCUUUGCAAUCACAGUUUGGGAAAUGAUUUACAACAAACGCCCUUACCAUAUGCUUAACUGGGAUCAUCAGGUAAUAUCCGCAAUCACAAGUGGCAACACACCUAGCACCGAUGAAAACUGCCCUGAUGCACUAGAGCGUCUUCUCGGAGCGUGCUGGAAGAUGCAGCCAAAAGACAGGCCAGAUUUUACGCAAAUCUUAGAGAGAUUAUCAAGCAUUGAAGCUCCAAGUAACCGGUAACGAAUGAGAAUUUUGUUGGCAAUACUGGAUUUGUUUCUGUUCUUUACAUAAGCUUUUGAUUCAUCUAUUGAUUUUUUUAUGUAUGACCACCCCAGUUAUUUGAAUUUUGCAGAUAAUCAUACUAAUUUUUCCAUUGGCUAGAGCCAUUAGCAAAAAACUUUCCUGGUCUGUAGGUUGAGUGGAAGAUCAUCCAAACACAACGAAAGUAUUUAACGUUUUUGCAAGUGAAUAUUGCGGUAAAAUUUGCCCUCUGGUGAACGGCGUGAUAAAUAAAUGCCCAAUGAGCACAGAAACUUGCCCAGAUAUUCUUCUCAAAAGAAAACAACAGUAUUUGCAAAAUCAUUGAGCAGGGUGGAGCAUUAAUUUUGAAAGACAUUUUCAUAACCUUUGAGGGGGGGUACAGGGAUGGGGGCACAGGGAUGGGGGCACAGUACUGAGCCUAGCAAGUAGUGAAAGGGUUGAUGUUUCACAUAUCACGUAGGAAAUGCAAGCCUCUGUUUGCUGCAAAACUACAAAACUUUGUGUCCGUCGUAUCCUGGAUUACCGUUUCACUGGGAAAGUGACUUUUCAGUCAGCCCGUACGCCGUAACCUCCGUCAUUUGGGGACAGUCUUGCUCUUUGCAACUGAACCUAAGUAGUGAAAAGUGACACGAAAUUUGCAGAUUUUAACAAGAGUGAUAUGUGUGAAAACUUGCUUUGAAAACUUAAAUUUUCUUGGUAUAAGUUAUUAAUUUGAGAAACAUUAUAAUUUUACAGCAUAUCAUUUUUUGAUUAGUUUCAUCGAAUGAAUGAACGAAUGAACGUUGAAUGAAUAAUAAAUAGAAAGCAAUAUAAUUAAAAAACGACUUCGUUCAUGGAAGUCGAAUAUUGUUGUGACCAUGGUUGUGACCUUACGAGCAUAACUCUGAUGUAGUACAAAGUGAUAUUUUGAUUACAUUACACUCUAUUUUUAUAAGAGCCAGAAAAUUGAAGUUCAGCCUUGUUGUUUACAAUUUUUCCAAAACGUUGAAGCUGGAUUGUUCUAAAUUUGUUCAUGGAGGAUUGAUCAGAGUAAUCCAGUUGCGUGGUUGCCAGGGGGGGGGCAGGGGACACGUGCCCCACCAGCGACCAGGAAUCGGGAGGCACCGAAGGCGAUCCAACUCUUCAAAGGAGCGCCAAAUCCCGUGGGAAACAAAUGGGAAUGAAGAAGGCCACUUGACAUAGCAGAGCUCUGAAGAGGCGCAUAUUUCGAUAUGGAGACUUCUUCCUAUCGUCUCGUCUGUUUCUUUCUGCCUCGGCACUGCCGCGCCAUUACGCCUUCUUCUCAACCUCUGCUAAAUUUGUUCUUAAAUAAUGGGGGUUUAAGCAGUGUAAUCAUUUGCUAUCGUGCUUAAGAGGAGUGUUCAGGCCCCUUUUCUCAACAAAGUGAGUGAGCUAACCUUUAUUUGCAGACAAGUUUGAAAUUUCUUCAACGAACCCUAUAUGACGAAAAACUCCUCGUUUUUGAGAUUGAAUUAUUUAGGGGGUUCCACAUUUACAAUAACACAAGUUCAGCCUGUUCUUAAUCUUUCAUUAAAGUUGGAUCAAUUUUGAGGCUCGAGUUCUUGCAGAAUUGUUCUUAUAAAAAAGGGGUGUAAUUCUGCUUGGUUUGAGACGUUGCUUACUAGUACAAUCUAUAAAGUUUACCAGAUGUGAUUUCUGAACAACAAUACAGUUCUUGAGUAUGAUAUAUCGGUAUUAUAUCAUUAAUUAGUUAAGACGUUACUUUGGCAAGCAUCUGUAUGCUGAGCAAGGGGUGUUUUGCAAGCGGGGUUUCAUAUCUAGUUCUUAAACAUGAGAAUUAAAGAUUUUUGUACAAAUAGUUAAGUCAAACAUAUUUUGAUGCUACGUUUUAAAUAAGAUGAGCUUAUUUACGUACAUUUACUAAAUUGAUUAAUGUAAUAAUUUAUUUAAGAUUCGAUUUAAUUUUGUGCCAGGUUACAUAUGAUGUAAAUGAUUUUUAAUACGCUUGUCUUUGUAUAUAGUGAUCUGAUGUUAAUAGUUUAACGUUUCCGUGCAGAAAGAAAAUAUUCUAGCAAUUUUUAAAAUCGAGUCAAUCAUUUCAUUCGAAAUCUUUUUCUUGUCAUUUUUCAUCGCUAACUAUCUUCUUUGUUAAGUCCUGUCACUAGCGUAGCAAGAGGGCAAGUGGAGCAGCCAUUCCCUAUUUCAAC